AUAUUUCGUAAUUAGUUUCUUUCGUAAGAUACUAUAUUUUAAAUGAAGUUCAUAUACCGAAAUGAAAUACUAAGAACAAUAUUAAAUCCUUUUUCGUUUUUUACCACCUUUAACAGGAUGUUCUUUCAAAACCCAAUGAUUAUGAUAGUGUAAAAUGUAUGUUGUUUUUUCUUUUUUGUAGUUUUUAUAUAACACAAGAAUUAGGUGCACCUGUGAGAGUUUAUGAACUGAAGUAGCUGAUACUAAGUUGGAAAUUGAUCUUUCAAUAGUGUACCUAAUUUUUACAUGGUAUGCUUUAUGUACAUUAAUAGUGUAAAUUCUGUUUCAGUGUCAUUUUAUAAAAGAGCACAGAUUCUGAUAGGUGACAUUUGGGGAUGUUUUGAAGGAAAAGGAUUAGGUACCUUUACCGAUAUUGAUUCAAUCACUAUGUUUGCUGACUAUAGAAUUCCUCAAGCUUUAGUGUAUUUUGGUGCACUGGAAUAUUCAGAAGAGUUAUUACAUCGACUUGAAGCAGAUGACAUGCUUAAAAGUGGUGAAAGACAGGAAAUAGAAAUCCGUGGAUGUACCAUAUGGGCUGUAGAGCGUAUUUGUAAAGAAAUAGAAGAACGAAUCAAAGAAAACACAGGUCCCCAAGUAUUUCAAGUCAAUCCUAUUUUAGUGGAUCAUUUUCUUUGGGAUUACCGAAGAGAUCAUAAUGACAAGAUGAAAGACGUUCCAUUCCACAAGACACGUUGCAUUUACUAUUGAAAUAUUGUUGAACAGAUGACUUACAGUUUUGCUUGUCACAGUAGAAUAUAAUUAACCCCUAGUUGCUGUUUUCAGUUAUUAAUGCUGAUAUGUUCCUGUUUAAUCUCUAUUCAGUCUCCUAUAAAAUGUAAAAAAAAUCCAAAAAAAUAGUGCAUUGAGACAGAAUAAUAUCACAGCCUUUGAUGAUGGUUAAGUAUGAGAAGUCAGAUUUAGUUCAAAGUAUCUGACUUUUAUAUUAUCAAAUUAUUUUUUAAAGUAUUGGUUAUCAAGUGAAAGCAUUUAAAAUGUGUAAUGUGUUAAUGAAAAAAGUGUCAAUAAGUCUAGAGUAAGAAGUAUUUUUAUAAAGAUAUUGAAUAAUAAUGGAUACCAGGUAUUUACUUUUUUUACUCUUCUAUCUAAACAAUAAAAAUACUGCUAGAGGAAAAAUUUUUGUGAAAUUUUUGCUAUAAAAUAGUAAGUCAUGUCAAAUCACUUUUAUCUUACCCUGGAAUGUGCAUUAACAUUUUUGUUAAAUUCCACCAAAAUAAAUAUCACCAAAUUAACCAGAAUGAAAAAAAAAUUAAUUUAUGUUGGGCUGCAUAAGCUUUGACAAGUUGAAGGGAAUUUUUGCAGUACAAAAUUCUACAUUGACAAAGAAAAAUUAUCCAUUGGCUAUACUAGUUGUACUGACUCUU